CAAAGAAAAAGCCGUAACCUACCCAUGUAAGCACGCAACAAGGAGACAAAAAAGAUAACAAGGAAACAGUGCCUAGUUUUCAUUUGUCACUCAAUAGUGGAGGCACUAAUACACAGUGAUCCAUGGUGCCACUUAGAGCAAAGCCACACAGUCACCCCAGUGUUGGUGGUGAAAGCACAGGCACCUGAGCAGCGGGCCCUGCCAUCCCCGGGGGCAUCCCCCACCCACCCACAGCGAGCGCUCCGGGCCCGCGGGGAUGGCGAGGCGGCGGGCGGGCCCGUGGGAAGGAGGAGGAGAAGGAGGAGGAAGAAGAGGCGGAAGCGGCGGCGGGGAUGGCCGGGGCGCUGCUGCGCGGGGUGCGGCGCUUCCCCUGGCUCGGCAACGUGCUGCUCUACGGGGGGCUGUUCGCGGCGGGGGACGCGGCGCAGCAGCGGCUGCGGGGACAGCCGCCCGACUGGGCUCAGACGCGCCGGGUGGCGCUGGUGGCCCUGGCCUUCCACGGCAACUUCAGCUACGUGUGGCUGCGGGCGCUGGAGCGGGCUCUGCCCGGCCGCCGCCCGCCCGCCGUGCUGGGCAAGGUGCUCUGCGAUCAGCUGCUGGGCGCGCCCGUCGCCGUCCUCGCCUUCUACACGGGUAUGAGCAUCCUCCAGAGGAAAGAGGACAUCUUUUCAGACUGUAAAAAGAAAUUUUGGAAUACAUAUAAGACAGGACUGAUGUACUGGCCUUUUGUGCAGCUGUCAAACUUCAUUUUGAUCCCAGUUCACCUGCGAACAGCUUACACUGGGCUCUGUGGCUUUGUCUGGGCUUCCUUCAUUUGCUUUUCCCAACAGAGUGGAGAUGGCACAGCAAAGUCAGCAUUUAUGUGGCUCCAAAGAGAGAAGGUCAAUGCCGAUGGAGAAUCACCAGAUAAAUAAGAACUUUAGUUCUCAACACAUUCUAAAUUGCUGAACUGGAUUUGUGAAAGUCAGUAAAUCACGCUGCAGCCUCAUUGUUGUGUUUAAAAUAAGCAGUUAUCUCAACAUUUGGUGAUCAGUAUAAGCAGUGGAACAGUUUGUCUUUGUGCCUGUUUAUUUUUCAUAGAAGAGGCCAGUUGUAUAUUGACAAUUAAUUAUUUUCAUGCUGUCAGCCCAUCUCAUCUGGGAACAACUGACUUACAGGGCAGUGUAAGCAUUUACACAUCAUGUCAGACUGGCUCACUGGGGAGAAAGAUUAACUGUAAUUUAGUUUUCAAGCUACUUGUAAUUGCUAGAAAAAGAGGAAUAGAACAUUAAAUCAUCAGUUGUUGGACUUGACAAUUGUUAUCAAUGCAAGAUUACUUUGCAGAACAAAAUUUAAUGGAUUGCAUAUCUAAAAAGUGGCAUUGAAUCUGUUUCAUUGCAAGGAAACAAAAGUGCUGUCUUUGUAGAGCACACUUUUCUAUGGGGUCAACUUAUUUUAUUCUAUAUGAAAAUUUAUAUGGGAAGUGAAUAUUUCAUAGGAUAUGUGCAUGUUUUAUCUUAGCUGGGAGAAUAAAGAUUACUUUGGUCAGAGCCCUUUGGGGUCGUGCUGCCCAUUGACCCUUGGGGUCAGUCAUAAGCAGCUCCUGCACAGAGGGACCUGCCCAAGCACUGCAGGAUGUUUUUGUUCUGUGUGCAGCCACUGCUUCCUUUGCUCCUCAAGGGCCAAGGGUACAUGGGAGUCUUGACUCCUUUACACUUCUGAGCUGCUUCAUCAUGCUGAAAAUAUAAUUAAAAUUUUGAAGAGAAAGAACAGAGGAAGGAAGGUAACGUGAAUGGCAGAAUCCAGCUAUCAGGAACUUCCAUUUCUCCCUCAAAUGGCUUUUAAACAUUCCUGUUCAUAGAAGACACUGGGUAAUUAUACAUAGGAGACUAGGAGAGGGUGAAAAUUAAUUAUGGAUUUGCUUUAUCAUCUUGAGGAUCAGGUCUAGAUACAGGUAUUUUUAAAAUCUGCAUAUGUAUCUCAAAACAGAAACUGCAAAUUUCUGUGAUUGCAGUAAGCUGAAAUCAGGCCAGCAAAGGAGCCUUUGUUAUAUUAGAGUGGGAUUUUAUGCCUUGAAGUUACUAAAUUGUGAGCUUGAAAGAGUAUAUGAUUUAAUGAUUGAGGACUCAUCCCUCUGUUUCCAUAAUAAUAAACCCCUUUGAGGAAUGUCUGAAUUCCUGAGUCUUUUCUAAAUAGUGUACCAAAGCCUGCUUAGGCUAUAAAUAUGCAUUGUUUUGGCCAGCAGCUGUACUACUUAAUAUAUUGCUAACAAUUAUUUGUCACUGUAGGAGCCUGGUGCAGCUUAGCUGGGGAAGGAAAAGGGAUCAUGCAAGCACUGCCCAAUCUAUUUCAGGUAAAAUCAACUUGUUUAGCAUAACCCAGUGGUCAAGAGUGAUGCAAAGUGCCCAUGUGGCUUUGACCAGGGGACUGCAGCAGUGGGAGGAUAGAAGGCAGGGGGCUGCUUCCACAGCCUGUUCUGCUGGCAGGUGGAGGAGGUGCCUUCCCUCUCAGGAUGGACAAGUCUCUGCAAUUCCAUCUUCAGCUGCACAGGCACAUGUGGAAGAGCACACCUGCCUACAGCCUCAAGGUGGAAUUAAUUUUAAUUGACUUUUGACACCUUUGGCUAAUUGGUUUAAGCUCUGCAUGUUGAAAUAUGCACUGUAAGGGCCCAUUUCUCUCCAUCUGUAACAUGCAGGCUCAGAUAACUGGCUGCUGUGCCAGUAGCUUCUUUGUAGAUGCUCUUGUUUAGUGAGUUGAAUUCCCCUGCUGGAUGUUGCUGCAUGAAUCACAGUGUGAAUUGAGCAGUCCUGAUGCUGGAGAUCCCAGGAGGAGUAGAAAUGCACAGAGGAACUGACUGCAUUUUGUCUGUCUAUUUAAAAGUGAGUGAACAGAUCCUUCAGACAGCUAUUAAAUUGUUCUUGUGUGUAUAAAGUCCUCAGGAUAAAGAAGCAAUUUCAGUAGUGGUUUUUUUUCUGUUGAUAUUUUUGGGAUCAGACUGGUAUUCUAAAGUCUGUUCUAUUUAAUAAGAGCUAAAAGGUGUGCUAAUUAAGUAUUUAAGUUUUUUUUACAGAUGUUAUUUAUUUUUAUUUCUGCUUGUCCCUUAAGUAUAUAAUGAUUAAUAGCAUUCACUUGGAGAAGGGAAGUGGAAAUAAUGUCAUUUCAAGGAGAGGGAAAUGCUCUUGGUUUACUGUAAGCAGUAUAUGGUAUUUUGCUGUAACUCAGAGCAAAAAAUCUUUCUUCAUGGGUAUGGUUAGUAAAACUUAAUUCCCAGAUGAAUCAAGAAUUUAUAACUCAUGAUCUGUAUAAUGCUGAUGCCCUUCCUCAUCAGGACUAGCUAAUAAAUGAAUGAUCCAUCUUUCAUUUUAAAUGGUUUAAAAGCUUAUACAAACUGUGCUUUACUGCUCUUGCUUUUGUGCUGCCAGCUUUUUGCUUGGGAAUUUGAGCUAAAUUAGGUUUCUCUGGCUGAGGAGUUCAGGAUUUCUCUCCAUCCUUUAUUACUCAGGUACAGUUCUUUCAUGUAAUGGAAGCCUAUGGCUCUUAUAUUUCAACAGACUAGAUCCUGCAUAAUCCUUUCACUUUCUCCCUUUCUCUUGUUAAGGCACUUGACAGCUAAGUAACACAAAUCCCUUUUCACUAAAAAAACCUUGUGUUUUCUCCCUUUUAAUUAUGAACACUGAUUUGUCUGAAAAACAUUUCAGACCAACAGAAUGCAAAAUAAUGAAGCUGUCUUGGGACAAUUUCUCAGUGUGGAUAAAUUAAUGGACCUUCUAAAGAUUUUCUUCCUCCGACAGUUUAGUCUGAGAACUUAAUCCCUUAGUUGUUAAAGCCUUCAUUAUUUCUUGAUACCUUAUUGGCUUAGAAGAUUAAUUUCACAGAAUAACAGAAUGGUUGAGGUUGGAAAGGACAUCUCUAUGUCCAUCCCAGGUCAUCUGGUCCAACCCUAUUUUACACAUACGUAAACUUUUGUUUGCUUCUUCUGGCAACUCAGUAAUUCCCUAUGGGAAUAAAAAAAGAAGUAAGAAAAAUAUGAGCAAGAUUUAUCCUAAUGUCUCUCUGCUACCCUUUCAAAAACAGUCAUAAGGGCUUUAUGGCUAUUUCCAGGAAUUGCGCUGAUCUUACUGCCAGCUGAACAUGCAGAUUUCCACAAGCAGCAGGAUGAACAGAAUUACACAUCAUAUAGGUGCUCAGGAAGGAGCAACACACUGCCAGUAGCUAUUAGGCCUGCAGUCAGGUGAUAUUUCUAUGUCAUGGAUCCUCUCUAAGAGCAAAUGGGAUGAGCAGACUUUUAUAUCAGUUCCAUGUUAUUCUGGAUGGCUGUGGAGAUGUGGAGUCUGAAUUUGAUAAAAUGAGAAAUUCAAAAUGUAUUUUUCUACUGCAAAUCUUUUAUGUAAAUGAACCUUCUGUGCUUACUAGCAUGCUAAAUACAUCCUUCUUGGAAAAUUCACCAGAAGGCCUCUGUCUUUUUCACACCAGAAGCACCCACCCAGUAACACAGCAUAAAAUAACCAGUUCCUGCUGCAAUGAAGGUGAAACUAUCUCUAGUCUGUUACCAUAUCUGAUAUUCUGAGUUCUCUUUAUAGAACAACCUUUGAAAUCUAUGCAGCUUCAGCCUUCCAGUUCUCUGCUGUAAGUGCCAAUGCUUCCUGCUUGUGCUGCUGCCUCUACUGCUAGUGCCAAUCCAGUGAGAUGUGCAAGAAAUACUUGAAUUUUACUAAAAGAAUGAAUUUCAAGUUGACUGAAAUUGUCUAUGUUUUUGCACAGGCUUAAUAAACAUUAAAUGCUGUUCUUUG